AUGGGCGGUGACCCAUUCCGCCAGUUCGACCUGUAUUUUUCCCGCAGCAAUGGCGGUCCUUUCCCCUUGAUUUGCUUCAUUCAUGGGGGAGCUUGGCGGUCCGAAGACAAAUCCGACCAUUCAGUUCUGGCCGAACGCCUAGUUGCAUUCACUGGGUUCCCGGUCAUAAUUCCGAACUACCGAUUGACUCCCAAGGAAUCCACGGAAAACUCACGGUUCCAGCAUCCAGGCCAUGCUGAGGACGUCUUGCAACUGCUCGAUUUCCUCAUGUCGUGGGAAGGACCAACGACAGUCGGUCAUGUAUAUGACCCACACAAUAUUUACAUCAUGGGCCAUAGCUGCGGCGCACACAUGCUGGCCUCCAUAUUUUUGGAUUCGUCGUUCAUCACUCCGACCAUAACCCCGUCGCCCCAAAUACUCAACUCUGUUCAUUGUAUAAUUAUGUCUGAAGGCAUCUACGACAUCGACACCCUUAUCACUCGUUUCCCAUCUUACCGUACUUGGUUUAUCGAAGCCGCGUUCGGAGGUAAACCGUCUUAUUCCGAUUAUUCCGUGACACACCUUACCCUCAGAACCAAAUCAAUUCGCUGGUUUGUCAUUCAUUCGAAGGGUGACAGCCUCGUUGAUACCGCGCAGAGCGAGAUCAUGUAUCAACACCUGCACGAAUUGUAUGGUACCUCCGCCGGUUUCGUGACCAUGGAUGUGGAUCGGCUGCAUGCGGAUCAUAACGCGAUCCUGGAAGGAGACGCGUUUGUUGAGUUAGUGGGGCAAUAUAUACUCAAGGAUCGUUCAUCUACCAGUUUGAACAAGACCAUUUAA